AUGUCUCUCUCCCCGGCUGUGGGAGAAUACGCAAAGGCGCCUGCAAACGCGAGCAGGAGUCCUUGCCCCGUCGUCAACGCUCUUGCCAACCAUGGCUAUAUCGAACGGAGCGGACGCAAAAUCUAUGCGAAAGAUCUCAAUGCCUCCAUGAGACAUGUCGGCAUGAGCCCACUCCUCGGCUCUGUCUUUGCUAUACCAACCUAUUUCGAGUAUCACGACCCGGCCAAGGCAUACAUGAAGAACUCGGUCAGCACCUGGCAGAGAAUCUGGUCUCUUAUCAAGAACCCUUAUUCCUACUUCGACUACUUUGGCUGCUGGAAUGCCAGCCAGAUGAGCGAGGGGAGGAAGUAUCUCAAUCUUGUGGACCUCGCUUCCCACGGCGCCAUUGAGCACGACGUCUCUCUCUCGCGUCGGGACAUUGGUCAAAAGGAGGGAAACAACGAUGCCCAACAAGAUUUGAUUGAGGAAAUGUUGGACUUUUCUUUUGACGGCGAGUCCCUCACCAUCGACGAUCUUGGCAGGUUCGUCAAAGCCCGCAUCCAGCGGCAACUUGUGGACAAUCCAGACUUGGUCUAUGGGCCAGAUGAGCACCAAGUGAAUUGCGGCCAAAUCGCAUUGAUGAUGGGUUGUUUUGGGGAUGGAAAGACGAUUCCCGUCAGUUACGUCAAGGCCAUCUUCGAGGAUGAGAGACUACCCAUCGAGGAAGGUUGGAAAAAGAGGUCCUGGUGGACCAUGGGGCUUAUCGAGUUCUUUGGUGCUGUUAAACAUAUGGUGGCAGCAGUGGGCGUGCAAUUUUAA